AUGCCUUCUCCGUUCCUAUCUCCAAGCGCCCAUUCCCAGCUGGACCAGCUCGCCCUCCUCCAUCUCCGCCGCGACAAUACCAUCCCGGCCAUCCUCCGACUUCAUGAUGAGGAAAACCUAGGCUACAAAGAAGGGAACGUGACAAACACACGAUUCGGCUCGUUUCCGCACAGCACCCUUUUUGACAAACCAUGGGGCUCCCAAAUUAUAGCUUCCAAAGUCGACACUGGCUCCCGCGGCCGCGCCCAACUCAAGAAGCGCAAAGCAAACCAGCUUGAUUCCGCCAGCGGCACUGGCGGCGAUGAAGAUGGCACUGAAAGCAGCAAGCUAACACGCGAGGCGCCCGUCGCUGCAGCAAGCGGCUUCCUCCACAUCCUCUGCCCAACCCCCGAACUCUGGACGGCGUCUCUUCCCCACCGCACGCAAGUUGUCUAUACCCCCGACUACAGCUACGUCCUGCACCGGCUCGGCGUGCGGCCAGGCUCCACGCUCAUCGAAGCCGGCGCUGGAAGUGGUUCUUUCACACACGCCGCUGUCCGCGCCGUCUUCAACGGAUACCCGGACAUUACACCACCACCGACAAAGCGCCGCCGCCGUCUAGGCAAAGUAUGCAGCUUUGAGUUCCACGCGCAACGUGCGGGAAAGAUUCGCGACGAGAUCCACGACCACGGUCUUGACGGCCUCGUUGAAGUAACCCACCGCGACGUCUACCAAGACGGAUUCCUCCUCAAUGACCCUGACGGCAAACCAUCCACAUCCCCUAAGGCAAACGCUAUUUUCCUCGACCUGCCCGCCCCCUGGCUCGCGCUCAAACAUCUCGUCCGUAACUCGCCGUCUGGCGCCGAAUCACCCCUUGACCCAAAUACGCCUGUCCAUAUCUGCACGUUUUCUCCAUGCAUGGAACAAGUUCAACGAACUAUCAGCGCGCUGCGCCAGAACGGCUGGCUGCAUAUUUCAAUGGUUGAGCUGCAGCACCGCCGGAUAGAGGUGAAGCGCGAGAAGACGGGGUUGGAGUUCGAGGGCGUCCGUGGUGCAAAUGUGUUCCCGCGAAACAUCGAUGAUGCGGUUCAGAAAAUGCGCGUUGUCGAGCAACGAUCUAUCCGAUUCCGCGAUGUAGUAGGCCAAGUCGAGCAGGAUCAAGAUCAACAAGACGAAAGCACAGCGCAACGGCGGCAAUCGCAAACACAAACACCGUCAGAAUUACCUACCUUUAUACCGCCUACCCACUACAAGGAUAUCCCACCCUACGCACAAGGCCGUCUCGUGCACCGAUCUGAACCCGAUUUGAAGACACAUACGUCGUACCUUGUUUUCGCCGUCUUGCCACGCGAGUGGAGUGAAGAGGACGAGCGUAAAUGUGUGGAGAAAUGGCCGAGUCAGACUGUGGAUGAGGAGGCGGCGCAGCCUGCUAAGGCGAAGAGUCGGAGGCAGAUGAAGAAAGAGGCAAAGGCGGCCGCAGGGGGUGUGAAUAAAGCUGAGGAGGCGAAUAGGUAUGAAAAUGAAGGAUAG